AUGGCGAUAGAAACAACAGCCUCGACUGAAGCUGAUUCCAAGUAUCGCUCGUCCUGGUCACUCCCAGGAUCCGCCGAGCGAAACUCGCGCCCCAUCGCCGAAGCGCUCUCCACCCUCCUCUCUUCCUCCUCCUCAUCCGACCGCAAACCGAUCAUCCUCGAAGUAGCCUCCGGCUUCGGCCACCAGAUUCGCGCCCUCGCCUCCGUCUACCCGCACUGUCACUUUCAACCCAGUGAAGCCGACGACUACCCUCGCGCUCAAAUCGAUUCGCUCAUCUCUUCCCUCCCCAACGUCGGCAAAGCGGAAUCUCUCGACCUUCUCAGCCAGAACGACUGGCUCACCCUCGUGCACAAUGCUUCCGGCGAAUCGGGUCGUCGCGAACAGGAUGUUCUGUUUGAUGGUGUCGUUGCUUGCAACUUGACGCACAUCGUUCCUUGGAACGUGACGGAGAGUCUGUUCAGUCACCUAGACCCGAGGGUGGGAUAUGUUACCCAGCAGGGGUAUAGGAAUUUGCUCUCGAGGGACGGUUGGAUUGCGAUCUACGGCGCGUUCAAUGAAGACGGAAAGUUCACGAGCGAGGGUAACCAGAAGUUCGAUGAAGAGAUUCGUAAGAGGGAUGAGCGGUUCGGGUUGAGAGACGUGCAGAACGAGCUGGUGCCCUUGGCGUAUAGACACGGAUACGAGCUGUCGGAGAGGAUAGAGAUGCCUGCGGGGAAUCUGUUUCUCAUCUUUCGAUUGCGCAAGGAAUAG